AUAAUCGCAUUUUAUCUUUAUUCUUAUUGAUGUUGCUUGGAAGCUUGAUUUAGUUAGAAUAUUUAAGAUUUCUUUUCAUAUAGCAUUUCGUAAGUAACAUGACUAUAAUAUUAUAAGUAUGCGACGUGUUACCAAAAAACUGUUAUUUACCAUUUUUGGUUUACUUUGUAUUGGGCUCUAUUGUGAGUUUCUCAUAUAUUAUGUAGUCGUUGUUCAGUGUAGUUGGCCAAAACUAGUAAACUCCACUGGGCCAGUUUUAAAAGCGUUUAUUUUAGCAGAUACUCAUUUAUUGGGUCCUUACAGAGGACAUUGGCUAGAUAAGUUGAGAAGAGAAUGGCAAAUGCAUCAAGCAUUUACAGCCAUUAUAAAUACACACCAACCUGAUGUUGUGUUUGUAUUGGAAACAAUUGUUAUAGGAGACCUUUUUGAUGAAGGCGAAUGGACUGAUGAUAAGCAAUUUAAUGCAUAUGUAGAGCGUUUUUAUAGACUAUUUCCUGUGCCACAGGAUACAAAAUUGCAUGUUGUUAUGGGUAAUCAUGACAUAGGCUUUCAUAACAGAAUAAGGAAAAGGGCACUGCAAAGGUUUAUAGAACUUUUAAAUGCUCCAAGCGUUCAGCACUUGGUAUUGAGGGGAUCACACUUUGUCCUUGUUAAUUCUAUGGCACUACAAGGAGAUUCAUGCGACAUGUGUGUUGAAGCAAGAAAUGAAAUAUCUUUAAUAUCAAAUAAACUGUCUAAGUGCUCUAAGGACAACAGAUUUUGUGAAUUUCAUGGUGUACAUUAUAAUUAUUCCCGACCCAUACUUAUGCAGCAUUUUCCACUCUAUCGCGUAUCCGACUCUGUGUGCACUGAACCCGAUGCCCCACCAUUGCCAGAAAGAAAUAAAUUAUUUAGAUUGAAAAUAGAUGCACUUUCGAAAGAGGGAACAGACUUUGUGAUCAAAAAACUUAAACCCAGAGCAGUGUUUGGUGGUCAUACACAUCAUGGGUGCCUUUUAAAGCAUAAUUAUGGUAAAAUUGAUUUUCUUGAAUAUUCUGUACCAUCCUUCUCAUGGAGAAAUAGACCGGAUCCAAAAUAUAUGUUGGUGUCGAUUUCUCCAAAUGAGUAUGCUGUCAAUAAAUGUGGACUGCCAAUGGAAGUGACCAUGAUAGCCUCAGCUGUGAUUAUGUUUCUUUGUUUAGUUGUUUAUGUAUUUAGAAUUAAAACCCUUGGAAGAUGACGAAAGGAUAUUAAAAAAAUUGGAAUAAAAUGCAA